UGCUGGCAACUCUCUCCCUCUCACACACACGCACUCUCUCUCUCUCGCACACACACACACAAUCUCCCACUCACUCACUCUCCCAUCCAGGGAUCUUUUAUUAGCAGGAGCAGCGAAUAUAACGGUUCGCUGCUUAGAUUUAUUUUAAGUAUAUAAAGUUAUUUUCUAAUAAGCAGGACAACUCUGCUUUACUUUUUUUUAAACGUUGCAUUUAUCAGAUUACAUUUUUUUUGGCAAGUUUCUCUUUUUUUUUAAAUCUCACCGUGGACCCAAGAACUCAUCCCUGGUGGAAUAAAGCUGGUGUUUUAUUUUGCAUUUCAUUGGAGAAAAAAGAGAGAGAGAGAGAGAGAGAGAGAGAGAGAAAGUAAAUUGGGCGAAGUUUAAAGACUUGGUGCGGACUGCAAUGAAGUGAAGGUGUGUUUAUCUUCGGCAGUAGCAGUGUUGGUGUCGGGAUUGGCGCUGCGGCGAAGAGGCAGCGCUUGGCUAGUUUGGGAACUGCACCACUUUGAGAAUCAAGAAUAAGCAACACGAAAGAUCCUCGCGCCUUUUUUUGUUGUAAAUAUCUAAUCUGGUAUUUUUUUUCGUGUGGAGAUUACGAUCUACAGCUGCUUUUCUCUCCCCCCCCCCUCUCCUCUCCCCCCUCCUCCCUUCAACUUCCAACUGCCCAACUUUGAAAAUGCACCACUCCAUUUUCACUGUGUUUCUCACGCUGGAUUUCGCGAUGAUCGCCGCUUGCUUGUCGACCUGCAACACUCUCGACCUCAACCAGUUCAAGGAUAAGAGAAUCAAGGCCAUCCGAGGGCAAAUCCUCAGCAAACUGAAACUCACAAGCCCCCCGGAACAUUACCCGGAGCCAGAUGAGGUCUCGACAGAGGUGAUCGCGAUUUACAACAGCACCAGGGAUUUGCUUCAGGAGAAAGCGAACGAGAGGGCUGCCUCUUGUGAACGAGAGAGGAGCGAAGAGGAAUAUUACGCAAAAGAAGUUUACAAGAUCGAUACGGAUACAUAUAAUUCCCCUGAAAAUGUCAUCUCAUCCCCACAAUACAACCGAUACUUCAGACACGUGCCUUUUGAUGUCAGUUCAAUGGAAAGAAAUGCUUCCAACCUGGUGAAGGCAGAGUUCAGAGUAUUUCGUAUGCAGAAUCCAAAGGCAAAAGUCGAAGAACAACGAAUAGAACUUUAUCAGAUUCUAAAGAAUAAGGAGGUGUCAUCUCCGAGUCAUCGAUAUAUUGACAGUAAAGUGGUACGAACGAGAACUGAAGGAGAAUGGCUAUCCUUUGAUGUUACAGAGACUGUCCAUGAAUGGUUACGCUAUCGAGAGAGAAACCUUGGAUUUAAAAUAAGUCUACAUUGCCCAUGUUGCACAUUUGUGCCUUCAAUUAAUUUUAUUAUACCAAAUAAGAGUGAAGAACUGGAAGCCCGAUUUGCAGGAAUUUCCGACAACUAUCCACGAAUUUUUCCCGGCGUUGACAAGGGGAAGCUUAAAAGUAAACACUAUAAUGGGAAAGCAGCACAUCUCCUGCUCAUGCUGUUACCGGCCUACAGACUUGAGUCUCAGCAUUCCAGCCGGAGGAAGAAGCGUGCGCUGGAUGCCGCGUUUUGCUUUAGAAAUUUACAGGACAAUUGCUGUUUACGCCCACUGUACAUUGACUUCCGAAGAGACCUAGGGUGGAAGUGGAUUCAUGAACCUAAGGGCUACGAUGCCAACUUCUGUGCAGGGGCCUGUCCUUACUUGUGGAGCUCAGAUACUCAACACAGUCAGAUACUUGGCCUGUACAACAAUAUCAACCCCGAAGGCUCCCCUUCCCCUUGCUGCGUUUCUCAAGACCUGGAGCCCCUCACCAUCCUCUACUACAUUGGCAAAAAUCCCAAAAUUGAACACCUCUCGAAUAUGAUUGUUAAGUCUUGCAAAUGCAGCUAAGAACGAUUACAUCCCUUGAAAAUCCCAGGCUCAUCAGUGUUAAACAAAAGAACAAUACACGGUACUAGUUUGAACUAUUUGGAAACUUUUUUUUCGUUUAACUACCAACAGAAACAAAUGGAAUAAAAAAUGUACAUUGAAGGCUUUAUUUCUAUCCUUCAUCUACUAUUUUAGUGUGAUAGAUGAGACACAGAACCUUUAAUUUUUAAAAAAUAAAACACUGGAAGAAUUGUAAGUGUUAAUAUGUGAAAUAAAAUGAGUCCCACUUAGUGGAAAUGUUGUACAGGUCCCGUGCCUUACUUGAUCUCUUGUGUAUUGUUAUGCAGUUGGCAUCCUAUAUACCCCUUUCUUUGGGCACGUAUAAUCAAAUGUAUUGCUGGUAAGUUCAUUAAGGGGAUGUGUUAUUGGGUCAAUGUGGCUGGAAAGGAUAAGAAAAUUUGAAAUCAAUGUAAAUGGUCAAAUAUCAUAUUGGCUUGGAAUGCUGGCAGUAAGUGUUUGGGCCUAAACAUGAGAGUAGAUGGGAGAAAGUAGGAAGGCCAGGUGGAACACUUAAAAUCAAAAUUUUGAGAUUCUUAUCGGAGAAAUGUCUUCAUGGUGAAGAAUUUCUGGCUAGAAAAAGAUUUGAAUAAUUUGGUGAGAAGGCUAACAGUUGGGGUUAAUUUUUCAAAACAGAAGUUCAGACAAUGCUUUUUCUCUCUCUUUCUCAGUAGUUUCAACCACAUAUUAACCUCAAAAAUGUAGUGGUACAGAGUCUUACUCAAUAAGUGCUGUUGGGGUAUUUAGUUGCAGCAAUCAGAUGUGGUUGAUGGAGAACGCUCCAAAUUUCCCAACUAUUAAAGUCAAUGGCUAGUAGAUCCAGGUGGCAGAUAUUUUUCUCAUUAAAUAAUUGUACAUCUAUUUUUAUAUACUACUUUGCCAAUAUGAUUCCAAAGUUCGCCAGUUCUGGCGAAUCUGACCUUGUGUUUACAAAUCUUUGUGCAAAAUUGUGAUGCCCCUUUUGCAGUGCAGGUCAGAAGUGCAGAGGUCAGCAUUCACAGUUUGUGAGACUUGUAAUAUUGUGGGCCUCUAUUUUUAAUAUCUGAAAUACUGGCUAAGUAUUAACUCAGGUUCAGUGAUCUUUUUGCCAUCUCUUCAAUAAUCUGGGCUCCUGUUGAGCAAGACCACACAACAGGAGCAGAUUCCUCCAAAUCCAGGGCAAAUGUAUUUGCAAAAACAAAUGCAGAGCACAGAUAUAUGUGGAUUGUUUUCAUUGAGUUUUCAGUUUCUUGGGUUCUGUAUUUAAACUUCAUCAUUAAAAGCAGUUCAUGAAAUGCACUUGCUCCCGCAUACCGAACUGAAGGUGUGCAAAAUAACACUCGUUUUCUCCUUUCUCCAAAUUGUUCAUCGACCUAUAUACAAAAUUUCAACUCUGAUUCUUCGUUAAUUUCUGUUUUCAAAUCUGUCAGUGUGAUGCUUUAUUGUUGCCAGUUUAAUUAUGAGUGAACAAUUAGCAAACACAAAACUGAAAUGUGUACAGUAUUGUUAAAAAAUAAAGAAAAUAGAACAACCA